AGGUGUAUUAUAGGAUCCUCCGAGUUAGUAUGCAUGCGAUGUCUUUAGAGGUGUUUUCGCGUUGCGCCCACUCCGCUGUCUUAUAGAAAAUUCAGUUAUUUUUUUUAUGCGUUCCAUUUUGUUAGCAUGUUCAAUUAACAAUGAAAACCAGACAUGGUUAGCGAGCGGUGGGCGCUGAUGGUGUUGAUGUUGUCUGUAGCCUACGGACACGCGCCUUGUCAACAUUCAUACGGCGGGUGUAGAUUCAACGAGCCCUUCGUUCCCGCGCCUGUCGGCCAAGUCCCCAGGUGCGUUCAGAAUUAUCACGGUGACGUCACAUUUUGUGAAACCAUCGACAGAUACCCAGAACAGUUGAUAAGUUACUUGGUUACAAAAUCGGACAAGAACUUUAAGUCUUUUUUUAACGAAGAAAAACUUUACGACAGACCUUAUUAUCAAAAUCAGAAUAAAAAUAAUUAUAAUAACGGUUAUGGAGAUUAUCAUGAUUAUCAAAACGAUACUCAAGAAGAAUUUGUUGGCUAUCCGGAUAGAACGUACGUUUUACCUCAGGUGUCUUUUACAGAGCCUCCGAUCAUAGACCAAAAUCGACAUUUAAAUCACAAUACCAAUCAUGGAGGUGUAUACAAUAGAAGAAAAAGACAAGACGAUGUUCAAUUAUGCCAAGUUAAAACCAACAACAUAUUUCCUAAAGCAGCAUUAAACACUCAAGGCGAAUGGAAAUAUGUAGUUAAUAUGGUACGCACCCCGUCUGACAUGUACACACAAUCCAUAAGGUCGGAAAUCUGCGCAGAACCAGAUCAGCCGUGCAACGGAAUCUGCGAUACGCCUCUUGGUUUCAGUACGUCGUGUAAACAGAAAUUCGUCCAAAAACGGUUGGUAGCAUUGCAAGGGACCGGAGAUAAUCUGUACGUGGACGUUUUUUGGUUUCCACAUUGCUGCUCUUGUAACAUAGCCAGGGUUGAACAAUAGUAAUAAAAAAAAAAUAUACCUAUAUUUUAUGUUUUUGCAACUGUCGUUUUUCUUUUAGGAAAACACCUCAACAAAAAUAUGAUUUCUUUUACUGCAUUAAGUAGUUACUUAAUAAUAUGUAGAAUAAAAUAUGAUAUACAUAGUAUAAAACAGUUUGUUGUGUCGAAAGCCAAUAUUUUAUUAUGAUAGGUAGGUACUAUAUUUUGUAUUAUGAAUGCAAUUUAAUGGUAGUCACGGAA